AUGAGUGCAACUGAACCUACUAAAGAAAAGGUCGACAAGGUCGUCUCCGACGACGAAGAUGAAGACAUUGACCAAUUAGUCUUAGAUUUACAAUCCAACCCAGGACUUGGGGAUGAUGACGAAGAAGAGGAACAAGACCAGAGCACCUUCAAGGCUGUUCCUGAAGAAUUGUUGCAAACCGACCCUGCCACCGGUCUUUCUGACGACGAAGUCCUCAAGAGAAGAAAGAAGUACGGUUUGAACCAGAUGGCCGAAGAAAAGGAAAACUUAGUUCUUAAGUUCGUCAUGUUCUUCGUCGGUCCUAUUCAAUUCGUUAUGGAAGCCGCUGCUAUCUUGGCUGCUGGUUUAGAAGAUUGGGUCGAUUUCGGUGUUAUCUGUGCCUUAUUGUUGUUGAACGCUUUCGUUGGUUUCAUCCAAGAAUACCAAGCCGGUUCCAUUGUCGAUGAAUUGAAGAAGACCUUGGCUAACACUGCUUUGCUUGUUAGAAACGGUCAAUUGAUCGAAGUCCCAGCCUCUGAAGUCGUUCCAGGUGAUAUCAUGCAAUUGGAAGACGGUACCGUCAUCCCAACCGAUGGUAGAAUUGUUUCUGAAGAUUGUCUUUUGCAAGUCGAUCAAUCCGCUAUUACUGGUGAAUCCUUGGCUGUUGACAAGAGACACGGUGACUCCACCUACUCUUCCUCCACUGUCAAGACCGGUGAAGCUUUCAUGGUUGUUACUGCUACUGGUGACUCUACUUUCGUCGGUAGAGCUGCUUCUUUGGUCAACAAGGCUUCUGCUGGUACCGGUCACUUCACUGAAGUGUUGAACGGUAUUGGUACGACUUUGUUGGUUUUCGUUAUUCUUACUCUUUUGGUUGUCUGGGUUGCUUGUUUCUACAGAACCGUCAGAAUUGUUCCUAUCUUGAGAUACACCUUGGCCAUCACCAUUAUUGGUGUUCCAGUCGGUUUGCCAGCUGUCGUCACCACUACCAUGGCUGUCGGUGCUGCUUACCUUGCCAAGAAGCAAGCCAUUGUCCAAAAGUUGUCUGCCAUUGAAUCUCUUGCUGGUGUCGAAAUCUUGUGUUCCGACAAGACCGGUACUUUGACCAAGAACAAGUUGUCUUUGCACGACCCAUACACUGUCGAAGGUGUUGAACCAGAUGACUUGAUGUUGACUGCUUGUUUGGCUGCCUCUAGAAAGAAGAAGGGUUUGGAUGCUAUUGACAAGGCCUUCUUGAAGUCUUUGAUUAACUACCCAAGAGCCAAGGCUGCUUUGACUAAGUACAAGGUUAUUGAAUUCCAACCUUUCGACCCUGUUUCCAAGAAGGUUACCGCCGUUGUUGAAUCGCCAGAAGGUGAAAGAAUUGUCUGUGUCAAGGGUGCUCCAUUAUUCGUCUUGAAGACUGUUGAAGAUGACCACCCAAUCCCUGAAGAUAUCCACGAAAACUACCAAAACACCGUUGCUGAAUUUGCUUCCAGAGGUUUCAGAUCUUUGGGUGUUGCCAGAAAGAGAGGUGAAGGCCACUGGGAAAUCUUGGGUAUUAUGCCAUGUAUGGAUCCUCCAAGAGAUGACACUGCUGCUACUGUUAACGAAGCUAGAGGUUUAGGUUUGAGAGUUAAGAUGUUGACUGGUGAUGCCGUCGGUAUUGCUAAGGAAACUUGUCGUCAAUUAGGUUUAGGUACUAACAUUUACGAUGCCGACAGAUUAGGUUUGUCCGGUGGUGGUGACAUGGCCGGUUCUGAAAUUGCUGAUUUCGUUGAAAACGCUGAUGGUUUCGCUGAAGUUUUCCCUCAACACAAGUACAACGCCGUUGAAAUCUUGCAAUCCAGAGGUUACUUGGUUGCCAUGACUGGUGAUGGUGUUAACGAUGCUCCAUCUUUGAAGAAGGCUGACACUGGUAUUGCCGUCGAAGGUGCCACCGAUGCUGCCCGUUCUGCUGCUGAUAUUGUUUUCCUUGCUCCUGGUUUGUCUGCUAUCAUUGAUGCUUUGAAGACCUCCAGACAGAUUUUCCACAGAAUGUACUCUUAUGUUGUCUACCGUAUUGCUUUGUCCUUGCACUUGGAACUUUUCUUGGGUUUGUGGAUUGCUAUCUUGAACAGAUCUUUGAACAUUGACUUGGUUGUCUUCAUUGCUAUUUUCGCUGAUGUUGCUACCUUGGCUAUUGCUUACGACAAUGCUCCAUACGACCCUAAGCCUGUCAAGUGGAACACCCCAAGAUUGUGGUUGAUGUCUAUUGUUUUGGGUAUAAUCUUGGCUAUCGGUACUUGGAUCACUUUGACUACCAUGUUCUUGCCAAAGGGUGGUAUUGUUCAAAACUUCGGUGGUAUUGACGGUAUCUUGUUCUUGCAAAUUUCUUUGACUGAGAACUGGUUGAUUUUCGUCACUAGAGCUCAAGGUCCUUUCUGGUCUUCCAUCCCAUCGUGGCAAUUGGCUGGUGCCGUCUUCAUUGUCGACAUCAUUGCUACUUGUUUCACCUUGUUCGGCUGGUGGUCUCAAAACUGGACUGACAUCGUCACCGUUGUCAGAACCUGGAUCUUCUCUUUCGGUGUCUUCUGUGUCAUGGGUGGUGCUUACUACUUGAUGUCUACUUCCCAAGCAUUCGACGACUUCGCCAACGGUAGAUCUACCAAGAAGGCUGAACCAGACAGAAGAUCUUUCGAAGAUUUCUUGGUUUCCAUGCAAAGAGUUUCCACUCAACACGAAAAGUCCACUUAGGUGUACUAGUGUUGAGGAUAAUUUAAUAGAAUCUUACAUUUGUUGUGGGACUCUUGCUUUCAUUUCAUUUCUUCCCCGGAUGACAUGAAUGGUUGGUGGGUGUCUUACUGCAUUUCCUUCAAACCCCAUAUUUUUAUUGAAUCAUGAUAAAAAAGUGAAAAAUUAUUAAAAAAAUCACACAGUCAGUAUGAUCAUUAUUGGUGCUUUUUCGGUGCUCAUCGUCAUAAACAUUAUCUUGCUUGGUUCGGUUAAUUCUACUGUCUACAUUAGCUUAUUUGAUCUGUUCAACUCUUCCCCAAGUUGAACUGAUUAGAGCUUUGUACUACAUUAAUUUUCUUGUCUUGCAAGCAUCAUUUUAAUAGUAUUCCCUUUUUUUACUGUGAUUUCCCCAUUCCCCAUUCCAAAGUCACAUUCCCGUCAUUUUUUUGUUCUGCUACAAAGUAGUUUCGUAUUAUAGUUUUUAUUAAUAAUAGAUAAUAAUAUUUAA